AUGUCAGAUGACCAAGAAAAAAAUGAUUCAACGUCAACCCCAUUAGACGACCUCAAUGUUGAUACAGGUAAUGAUUUCGGUUUAGAUAUUGAGGAUGGCGUCGAUGACACUUUAUUAACUGACAAUAUGGAUUUUGCUAAACAUACGAAUAUUGAUUCGACAGACCAGGGAACACAUGUUGAUGAUAUAGAUUUUGGUCAAGAUGAUAGCAUACUAUCGGGUAAUCUUGACAGUGCUCCACUGUCAGACUCAUUACAGGCUAAUGUUAGUGAUCUGGGUGGGGUUGACAAUACCUCAGAGCCCGCGAUUAAUUUAGAGGAUGAGCAAAAGGCCUCUGAGUCCGACAAAGAUAACUCAGAAAUAAAAUCAGAGUCUGGGUUGGCUUCAGAAAUGGAUCUUGAUUCUGUGCCAGAAUUUUCUGCUCAAGAACCUGCAUUAGAAUCACCCCCAAACACAGGGGCAACAGACGUUGAGGCGGCACCAAUAUCAGUACAAGAUUCCGCACCAGACCAAAUAGGAUCCUUAGGUCAAUCUCUACAGGAGCAAGGACAAGAUUCAAUUAUUAUUCCUGACCAACGGAGUAGUCAGCCCAAAAGCGAAUUUGAAAUAGAAGAGAAGUCUGAUUUUACAUUAUCUACAGAUGACAACAAUGGAGCAUCAGACAACAAUAAUGAUCCGGAUGCUACUCAAAGCGGAUCAAUAUCUCAGAGUCUAGAAGUGGCAAAAGAAACCGCUGACGUUUCAUCUGUUUCUGCAGAACCAUCAGGUACGCCAAUGCCCGACUUUCCAACAGAGCCUGAAGUACCUGCUGCGCCAUUAGCUUUCCCAACAUCCAAUGACUUACCAGAUCAGCCAUCAACUGGGGUUUCUGAGAAUUCGGUUGCUGACAUCGAUCAGAUUGAUGCUUCUAACAAUCAGUCUUCAUCAGAGCUCAAUGGUGAUAGUCUUCCUCAAGAAGUUCAAACAGAACUGACCGAAGACACCGGGACUUCCCUCUCUGCGGAACCACAAGAUCAUGAAAUGGAAGAUGCCGCACCUUUCAAUGAAGUGAAGAAAGAAGUUUUAGACUCUGCUCCUGAGCCAGUUGGAGAAACAGUACAAAGUUCAGUUCAAAGUUCAUUUUUGGAUUCACCUCCAACAGACUUACCUGCAGCCAUCCCAUCAGAGGGUCCCUCUGAAAUUGCGCGCAAACAAAUCCUGCAGCCUACAGCUCCCAUUGUGCAACAAACGCAUAAAAUAAUAAUCCCAUCGUAUGCUGGUUGGUUCUCGUUAACUAAAAUAUCAGAAAUUGAACGCAAGUCAUUGCCAGAAUUUUUCAACAACCGCAACCGAUCGAAAACACCCCACGUCUACCGCAGAUAUCGUGAUUUCAUUGUAAACACAUAUCGCUUAAACCCAGAAGAAUAUCUAACGGUCACAGCAUGCCGACGAAACCUGGUUGGUGACGUGUGCGCAAUCAUGAGAGUGCACCAGUUUUUAGAAAAGUGGGGUCUUAUCAAUUAUCAGGUUAAUAUAGAGUCUAGGCCCAUGGAUGUUGAUCCGCCAUUCACGGGCCAUUGGAAACCACUGCUCGAUACUCCAAGGGGCCUUUUCCCAUUUCAGUUUUACAAAGGUGUUGAAGAUGUAGCGUCAACCGACGAGAUCAUCGUGCACAAGGAUAGCGAUAAAUCUGAUAAACCAAAGAGCCGAAGCAACUCGGCCUCUGUGUACCCUAACAAGAAUCUCAAAUCUACGCCACUUAAGCCAACUACAAAUGGUUCGAACUCGACGUCCGAUUGGACUAAGGAAGAGAUUCUCAAGCUAUUAGAAGGUGUCGAGAAGACACCACAUGACUGGACUGCAGUCUCUAAGCACAUUGCGACCAAGAGUCGUGAGGAAGCUCUUUUGAAGUUUAUAAGCCUUUCGAUCGAGGAUCCUUAUUUGAAAGAAAAAAAUGGGAAUGAUGAUGAUGAUGAACUUGGUCCUCUUAAAUAUUCGACAAGUCAUAUUCCUUUUUCUCAGGCGGACAAUCCUGUGAUGAGCGUGGUUUCUUUUUUGGCCGGUUUAGUUGAGCCUAGUGUGGCAUCAGCUGCUGCUGGUAGAGGCAUUGAAGCAUUGCGAGAAAAGAUAAAGUCCAGUGAUGAUAAAGAAAUAAGCUCUGGACCCGACACCCCUAGCGUUAAAGAAGCAGCUGCUGUUUCUCUGGGUAUAAUUGGUGCCAGAUCUCAAGCCUUGGCUACCAAUAUCGAGCGAGAGAUGUACACACAGUAUAUGUCCCUAGUAUCGAAGCAAUUAACCAAGAUUGAUCUCAAGCUAGCAAAAUUCAGUCAACUUGAACGAACUUUGGAUAUUGAAAGAAGAGAGCUAGACCGUGAACGGGAAAAGGUCUUUCUGGAUAGGCUGGCUCUUCAUCGGAAGGCCGACUCUGUUGAUGAAGUACUAAACCAGGCAAUUCAGGAGGCAUCAGAGGGGAACUCUGAUCGGGUGCAAGCGCUGCUCCAAAAAGCGAAAAAGGUCAUGUCGACAAAUGUAUCAUUGUCAACUUCCGAGGCUGAAUUACUAGGACAGGAAGAGGCAACGGAAGAAAUACAACAAAACGGAACAUUGGCUGUCAAGCCUGUUAGUGUCGACAUCCCACAAGCAUUUAAAUACUGGUCAGCCUAA